UAUUCAUUCACUGAUCCAUGAUCAUGGUGGAUAAUAGCACAGAUUCAUCAUCAGGAGCGGGUGAUCAGCAUCAUCACCCUCAGCUUCCUCCAGGCUUUCGAUUCCACCCCACAGACGAAGAACUCGUCGUUCACUACCUUAAAAAGAAAGCUUCUUCUUCACCACUCCCUGUCGCCAUCAUCGCCGACGUUGAUCUCUAUAAGUUCGAUCCAUGGGAGCUCCCAAGUAAGGCAGCGUUUGGGGAUCAAGAGUGGUACUUUUUCAGUCCUCGGGAUAGGAAGUACCCGAAUGGAGCUCGGCCAAACAGGGCGGCUACUUCUGGGUAUUGGAAAGCCACCGGGACGGAUAAGCCUAUUCUCUCUUCUGAUGGGAACAAGCAGAAAGUUGGAGUCAAGAAAGCGCUUGUUUUUUAUGGUGGCAAGCCCCCCAAAGGUGUCAAAACCAAUUGGAUUAUGCAUGAGUAUAGGCUCACCGAUAACAAUAACAAUGCUUCUUCUUCUAUUUCAUCUAAGCCUCCUUCUAUCCCUCUUGAUCCACUCAAGAAGACUUCUCUCAGGCUUGAUGAUUGGGUUUUGUGCCGAAUAUACAAGAAGAGCAACAGCAGUAGUAGCAGCCUUCCAAUUCCAAGGCCAGCGUUUUUAAUGGAUGAAGAGAAGGAUCUAAUUUCCAUGGAGAACAGCAUGGUGCCAACUAUGUCAAUGUCAAAACCAAGAAGCACUUCAACAACAGGUUGUUAUGGACCCAUGGCACUUGAAAACGAUGACAACUUCUUCGAUGGUAUAUUGGCAGCAUCAACCGAUCAUCACACCAUGCAAAAUGGGUCUCCAGGGUCCUCAUCUUCAAGCAAGAGAUUCCAUGGUGAUCUUAAUAAUGGAGACAACACCUCCUUCGUUUCUCUUCUUAACCAGCUUCCUCACAACACACCGUUUCACCCAAACUCCAUUCUUGGCUCCGUGGGAGACGCUGUCUUGAGGCAACAAUUUCAACUUCCAGGCUUAAAUUGGAACUAAUUAAUUAAUUAAUAAUAAUAAUAUUUUGCGUUGCUUUGGUGGGGGGUGUUAUAAUUAUAUUAUAUUAAUAGGUCUCUUGAUCCAUAUUGUGUAGCUUAGUGCCUUAGUAUAUAUGUAGUUAUUCACUUUUGAAUGUAAUAACCAUAGCAUACACAAAUUAAAGAACAUACAAGAGUUUUCAUGAUCAUAACUAUAGGCCUAUAUUUUGAAACUGAA